AAGGCCAAUCAUCUCUUACUUUCUCACUCAUCGUUUCUUGCUCUCCCAUUGGGCGUUUUACUUUUCUUACCAACGCAUUUUUCCCACACCUUUGCCAUAACGCCAAAACACCUUCUUCUUCUUCUCUCCCCACUUUGCUCAUUCUUCACUCUCUCUCUCUCUCUCUCUCUCUGAGCAUGACCUCUUCUUAUAUGCUGCAAGGUCCUUCAAGUUGAAACGUGAAAUGGGUUUGUGCUCUUCUGUCCAAAGAAACCAGGAAACGAGCAUGAAGCAUCUGGGACUCUCAUUUGAGUCCAAAACUGACAACCUCGUCAUUCCCCCAUCACCCAUCAAAGACAAGCCCAAAAAUGGAAACUUUUUGGUUCAUCAAAGUCCCCUUAUGUCUCAGUGGUCACCUUCUCGGUCGACCACCACCUCCACUGUCACUGACUAUGCUCAUAAUGGUAGCAAAGAAGAAGCAUUUUUCGAUUCGAAGGCCUGGUUAGACUCAGAUUGUGAAGAUGAUUUCUAUAGUGUCAAUGGUGAGUUUACCCCAUCUCGUGGUACCACUCCAGUGCACCACUCUUUUGGGACCCCUUCUGAGCAUAUGAAUAAUGCUGGUUCUGUUCCUGAACCAUCUCCAACACAAAAGAAAAAGAAGCUGUUGGAACUUUUUCGCGAAAGUGUCAGAGAAGACCAAAAUGAUGAUGUUGGAAACAUUUGUGGCUAUGAAAAGAGGGAAGAGAAACCAACUACACAUGAUGUUGUUCCUAAAUCUGCACGCAGUACACCUUAUAUCUCAGGGGUGAACUCUGCAUGUAGUAGUACUGAAAGAAGCAUGAAUGAUAAUUAUGAUGAUGCAUCCAUUAGAGAGAAAUCAGUUAAAUCUGUUCAGUGUUGCCUUCCAAGCUUGGCUUCAUGUCGUAGCUUUAGUGAGAGGAAGAGGAAGACAAGUCCUGCUAUAGCAGCAAAUGGAAAAGCUUGAGAAUGUUAUCUUAAACAUCAUGCAUGUUCAAGGUGAAAGAAUUGAAUAUAAUAAUAAUAAUAAUGUACAUUUUAACAUUAUCCCUGUAAAGAGAUAAGUAGUAAUGUGAAUUUGAAAUCAUGUAAUCAAACGUAAGAGAUGCUUUAGCCUUUAUGCCAAUAAGCAAUGACAUUUUUGUUUCAUAAUCAGUUUUAGGGGAUAAUUUCAUCUUCUUUUAAGUGCCUCUAUGCGAUUAGGUAGUAAGUAUUACAUUAAAAACAGGAAUGCUAAUAACAUAUUUUUCAACGCAUUGUAUUAACUUGAUCAGAGACAAGUAUAUUCAAAAUUUUCUCGUAAAUUAUUAUUAUUAUUUUAAAUUGACUAAUCAUAUGAAUUGUGUUAGAAAGAAAUGUUCCUAGCAUUUCUUAGAUAUGAAAUACUUGCAUAAACUGAAUCUACCUAAGGUGCAUUGGGUUAGUGAAUUAAUGGUAAUUAGCAUAAUUGAUUAGCGGUUUGUUACAAAAUCCGAAACUGAAAGAAAUGAAUUGAGGAAUAGGCAAAAUUACAGAGUAGGGUUUAUUUCAUUUAGUUUUGAUUUUUAAUUUUUAAAAAUUAUAUUUUAAAACAAUUUUAUAAAACUGUUUU